AUGGGAGAAAACACAUCAACUGAAAUUAAUAAAAAACGAAAAACAGAUGACAAUAAACAUAUAAAUUAUUAUUCACAAGGCAAGAAUUUGCACAGAAAAAAUGAAAAAAGUUCAAAUAAUAUAUAUUAUAAGAAGUCCAAUAAACAAGAUGACAAAUGUAGUAAAAAUCUUAAGUUAAGCUUAUAUGGUAAGAACAUAUCACCAUCUUUCUCAUUAAAUAAAAAUUCGAAUGCAAACGUUACGGAAUCAAAGAGUAAUAUUAAUAUAUACGUCCCUAACAAUAUCAAUUCCAAUAAUGUAAAUCAAAACUGCAGAAACUGUAGUAGGGGUAAAGAAAAUAAGUUUACCAAUCAUCCUUUUCUUAGCAAAAAGCCGAGAGAUUACUCCUCUUCGGUUGAUAGUGAAUUGGACAAGACCCUCGAUUUGGAAAUGCCUUCAAAAAUCUUUAUUAGUAAAAGUUUAAAAAAUGAUAGUUCAUAUAAUAUGGAUAAGAAGAAAACAACACAGCAGCCAAAAAUAGAAAAAGUAGGUUUAUCAUCUAACGAAUAUUCUAGUUACAACGUGCCUGCAGAAAACAAUACAUCAUAUGAACAUGCAAGAAAAUUAAACGAAUUAUGGAAUAUUUAUGUAAAUGAAUUACUCGAAUUAACAAACAGCAAAGAGUUAAGUUUAGACACAAUUAAUGAUAUGGAGUUGAAUGGCGCUUGUGUUGAAAUUCAUAAAUCGCGGUGUUCAACAUACAUCGGAAUAAAAGGAAUAAUAGUCUUGGAAACGCAAAACUCAUUUAAAAUAAUAACGCCAAAGAACAGAGUACUAAUAUUACUGAAAAAUAAAUCAGUGUUUAUAAUAAACAUAAAGGAGAAGCAGUAUUACUUACAUGGAGUACAACUGCUGCGUGACCCAGCUUUAAAAUCAUCCAAGAAGUACAAAAUACUACAGAAUAGAGCUAUUUAA